UCGAUGCAGCUGAAAUAUCGAUGGGCUGAUGCGGCGCCUGCCUCUUAUCAAUAUAAGUGGAAUAUUAAAAAUUGAGAUGUUCAGAUUCAGCACGUUUUUCUUGGGUGUUUAGCUUUGCCCGUGUCUCAGUUGCGCAGUGCCCCGGAGCUGCCGAUCCUCCCAUCGGCAUGAGAAACCCGGCCAGUGGGAGUCCCGCCCAUGCACACGCUUUCAGCUCAAUGGGCGACUCGCAUUAGCACAAAAAGCGGCGCUUUUGUCUUGCUGGAGGCUCCCUGGGUCCCACAGCUACAGUCCUGAGAGCCGGCGGAGGGAAGAAGCAAUGCGGCGCUGCUGGGUUUGCGAGGGCACUGGCGCUGCGGCAAAGUGGCCUUUCGGUCAUUUCGGGGAUCCGCAAUGAUGCAGCGGAGCUCCGGAACCAGCAGCGACACCGCCGUGCGUUUACACCGGAUCCCGGCGGCGCCUGGGACCCACCGACAGCACAGAGUCCCGAGUCCGGUCAGGCUGAUGCGGGAUGCAUCUCCUCUCAUCAGCGGUGCUCGGCUUUAUCAGUGAUGGAGAAUGUCUUCGGCGGUCAAGAUAAACUUGUCUUAUUUAAAAUAACAGCGGUGUGAUAUUCGGGGUUUUAUUGGCAGACGGCAGAUGAAGAUCGGUCACUGCAGAUAACCCGAUAUAAUUUGGUGCAGGGAGUCUGAUAUAAGAUUCCCAUCUCCACAGUGAUAAUGGUUCUGAGAUGCCCCAGAAACAGGUCGCUGGUAUGGGGCGCCCUGUGCGUCGUCGUGGUGUACUGGGUCUAUAACUACCCGGUGUACCGACUGCCCAGCGACAGGGAGGUGGUGCGCGAGGUGCUGCGCCAGGGGCGGACAUGGCAGCGGAACCACACCGGCGCCCAUCUGUUCAGGAAGCUGCUGGAGGAGUGCUGUCAGCCUAAGCAGAUGUUUGCCAUAACCAAGGAAAACUCACCCAUGGGGAAGGUUUUGUGGUACGACGGGGAGCUUUACCACUCACACACGGUGAACAAUGUCACCUACCCCCUAUUUGUGCAGAACCCUCCACUUCCUUUGCCCCUGAAGAGAUGUGCCGUUGUUGGCAAUGGAGGAGUCCUGAAGCGCAGUGACUGUGGUGGGGAAAUCGACCAAUCGGACUUCAUCAUGAGGUGCAACCUGCCACCGCUGUCUAAGGAGUACACCAACGAUGUCGGGACCAAAACACACUUGGUGUCUGCAAAUCCCAGCAUCAUCGAGAAAAGGUUUCAGAACCUCCUGUGGUCGAGGAGAUCCUUUGUGGAGAGCAUGAAGGCUUACGCCUCCAGCUACAUCUACAUGCCGGCCUUCUCCAUGAAACCUGGGACGGACCCAUCCCUUCGCGUUAGCUACGCCCUGUCCGACAGUGGCUCCAACCAGACGAUGCUCUUUGCCAAUCCGGACUUCCUGAGGAGCGUGGACCGGUUCUGGAAGGCCCGUGGCAUCCAUGCCAAGCGUCUCUCCACAGGCCUGUUUCUUGUGAGCCUGGCGCUGGGACUCUGUGAGGAGGUCACGGCUUAUGGCUUCUGGCCCUUCUCCGUGGGCCUGGAUGAGGGUUUCAUAAGCCACCACUACUAUGACAACAUCCUACCCUUCUCCGGCUUCCAUGCCAUGCCUGAGGAGUUCCUGCAGCUAUGGCAGCUGCAUAAGGGUGGCGUCCUGCGCAUGCGUGUCGGCAAAUGUCCGUCGGAAGCUGGGUAGUCCCACACUGGCCCGCUGUCACCAGCAUGCGAACAUUCAUCCGAGCUCCCUCCGUGCUUGCCUCUGCAUGCCUUCCCUUCCCUAACGUUUGAUGUUUUUAGCUGGCAGAGAUGUCUGUUUGGAGUCAUGGAUCCCGAAAAUGUCGCAGACGUCGAUCUGGGUCGGCAGGACACGGGGGAAGGAGGGGGAAGGAGAAAACAAGAGGAGAGAACAAAAUGAACAAGUCAGUGAGGUCAGCACUGCAGCUGGUGAACCAGAAUCGCAGGGGAGGAGGGAAGUGCUGGCGAUUAAUGCCAAGGAUUAUCACAGUCCGUGAAGCAAGGCUCCAGUGUGGAACCAGCAGUCCAGAAGCGAGAACUGAGCAUUAAUACUUCUCUCUAUUUCCUUUGAUGUUUCCAAACUCGCUACUCAAUUGACGUCGUUUUAGCUAUAGGCUAACCUAACCCGCUAACGAAAAAAAAAUUAUAUAUCUUGGUGUCGUAAUACAUCAACGUACUAAGAAGCUUGUGGGUGACAGAGAAGGACCCCAUACCAAUGUUUGGGAAAAGACAUGUGGAGCUAUCAUGAAUCCUAAAUCAACAAUUUGGUUUGUCCUCAGUGAACAUGGGGGAAUGUCAUGAGACGCAGCUCAGCUGAUGGCAGGAGUGGGUGCUGGGAGAGCCCGGUUCUCCACGGGUCUUUCCUUUUGGGAAGAACUAUUUCCAAAGGACACGCAGGAGUUCAUGGUGAGGCUGCACUGGGGCCAUUUUUACAGUGUUAAAUUCCACCCCCCAAGUCACAUCAAACUGCAGUAAUGAGCACUUUAUGGUACAAACAUGUGGAGAAAGUCAUACAUUACAAUCUUUGCUCCAUGGAAUUAGUGAUGUCAGCCACCUCCUGAACUGGAGAAAUGGUAGGAUGAUGGAUGGAAGGGUGGAUGGAUGGACCUCUUAAAGCGAGAAACGCGAGUGGUUCGUAACGGUGUUUUCAUUUGCAUUCGAUGCUGUACGAUUGGCUCCACUCAGGGGCCCAUAAUGCACUGCUUUGUUCGUUUACAUCAUCUUCCAGAAAGGUCCCCACUUUGUGCUUGUUGUCUCGUGGUGUUCCAUCGAGCUGCCGGUUGAAUGUGCUCGGAAGGCUUGAAGAGUGCCUUGUCCUUAUUAACUGGACAUGACAGAAGGAGCAAGAAAAAAAUGAAUUUUGUAUUUCAGUGAGCGAUACCUUCAGAAACAGCCAUUAAACACUGCAGUGUGUCAGAAACAGCCGUUAAUAAUGAAGUGUGUCCUUGGGGACGUGCGGUUUCCCCGCUCGGGGUGAUGAGCUGACUUAACCUACAGUCGUAUUCUAAGUUGGUCAGCUGGUCGAUCUGGGAGUUUCAGAUCCUGAGGAUUUUACUCCUUAUCGUCCUACAUUUCCUGCCUACUUUUCUGAAUGUUGUUCUGUGUUUAGAGGAGAUGCAAUUUAACCCAGUUAAUUGGCACUAUCAGUUUUCCUGUGGCACGUUAAGCCAGAGGAAUAGAAUAAUGGAUUUUUUACGUCUUCAUGACUGUUGGGUAUCUGUCUGUACUGUGUGUUUAAUGUAAUUAACCUUUCAUGCUGGUAUCAGUGUUUCAAUGAGGCUCAAAUUGACAGUAUUGAUAUUAUGUUGAUGGUAAAUGCUGAAGAAGCCGUUUCAUUUUGAAACUGGUGAAAAGUUCAGAUUUAAUUUUCUUUGUUUCCCAUUAACCUGGAAACACCCUUUUGCUGGCUGUUUAUCUCUGGGGGAUUAAAGUCAGAGCUGGUCGAUGUCUGUCAGUGAAAAGCACAGAAAAACAAGAACUAACAGAUCUUUUCUUUUUAAAUGUAAUGUGAAUGUGAUCACUGAACACAUUUUAAAUGUACAUAUAGCCUACAUUAAGACGUGGCACUAUAUCGGCUAGCAUCCCAGCCGGAAGUGACGUUUGGUUUGUGCCGUAUGCUGAUUUGUUGGCAUUGUGGUCUUCAGGGAACCAGCCAAUCAGGUCAAGGUUGGCAAAGUAAGCGAGGGCGUGACCAAUCGCAUCACAGCUGACCAUGUCUCUGCAUUACCUAUAGAGUAGAAAAGUGAGUUUUGUGUAUGAAAAGCUGUUUGUGUUGUGAUGUUCAUUUGUACCACAGUACCCUUUGAGCCGAGGUACCUUUUUGCCAUGGGGGCCCUGCACCGCGGUAUCUGCCGUUUGGGGCUGGGGGUGGGGGUGGGCAUUUUUCCCACAGGAUGGAUAGUUGAAGUGCUUUUGGUCUAUAACUGCCCAUCAGUGUCAUCCGCCUGAUUCACUCUAAGGCAGCUGUAAUCUUUGGCUAAUAACGUCACUUUUUGGGGUAACUUAAUGUUCUGUCCCAUAAAAAGCCUCUUCAGUGUGGGGUACUGGUUUAAAUCACCCAGCCUGGUCUUGUGGCCUUGAAUGUGUUUCUGUUUCCUGCACUGAGCGGACAAGCAGCCGUCGUAGCGCCUGUCCCUGCCAGCUGCCAAUAUAUUUAGAUUUUUUAAAGCUGCAUUAUUGUUUUACCUGUAAAUCUUCUCCUCUCCACCAGGAACAUAAUUGGUGCUUUAAUUUUAUGAACGAAAUUUGGUUUAAGUUUAAGGAGCAUAUUACAUAUUUACAAGAAUAUUUUUUAAUGGUGUAAAGCGUAUUUUUUUAUAUUUUCAGAGAGGCUUGUUUUUGUAUAAUUGUGUGUGUGGCUAAAUGCAAAUGUUGGCAGAUUUUUCCCUUUAAUGUCUGGUUUCAGUCUAUGCCUCAAAAUAAAACAGGAACUUCAACAAAUUCUGAUGUACAAUAAAGCUACCUAGCUACCUCUUCCAAUUAAGGUAAAGAGCUUUUCUUUGUAGCAGCUUCUGUUAGGGCAGCUAUGGCGUAACGUGCCGGGACUCUCACAGCUGUGAUCUCACUCCUCGGUUCACUUUCACGCCUAACAGUGGUGUAAUGUUGAACUCAGCUCACGAUUUGAUACGCAUCACAAAAUUUCUAACAAACGUAACUUCGAUCAGAUGUCUUGGGCCCACCUCAUCUACGAUAUGAUUGGUUAUCUACCUGAACCAAUCAUUUUUCUUUCUGCACGCAGAACAUUUUUGAGCUGUCAUCCCAGAUCUCUUGCCUUGUGACAUAUCGCUUGGCUAUGAGGCCGAUGAUGCAAUCAUGAUGAUCAGCGAAACAGCUAAGCGAUAUGUCGCAGGAGGAGGGAAUUCGGACAGAGGAAGAGAUUUGGCACGACAGCUUCAAUGGCAGUUAAAGCACUCGAUAAACGACAGAGGUGGCGACGCAGUGCAACACAACUUAAGUACUGCGAUGGGUAUCAAAGCAUAAUUGAAUCGAGAAAUUUUGGGACACAAAAUACCGUUACGCCCCUGUCGUCUAACAUCCUUCCUGGUUCACUUAACUACGUUUGGCAGUGGAAGGAAACUGACCAAUCAGGCAGUAAAGUGACCAAGAAACUGACCAAUCAGGUAGUAAAGUGACCAAAAAACUGACCAAUCAGGCAGUAAAGUGACCAAGAAACUGACCAAUCAGGCAGUAAAGUGAACCAUGACUUUUGAGUAUUUAAAAUUUGGCAAAUGUAUCACAUCAUUUAUUUAAAAGGUUUUGGGAAAAAGUCAUUUAUUUAGAGCAGAAAUGAUUUAUGUGAAAUUUGUUGUGUAUGUUUAAUUGGUACCUACAAGCACAUAUAGUGUUGUGUUAAUUCGGGUUUCUUCUGUUAUGGUAUGGAGCCGUGAACCGGGCUGCUAUUCCCACACCAGGUCACUGAAGCCGCACCUCCCCCAUGUCAGAAAACACCAGCACUGCUGUUCUGGCUCUGACCCCCCCAACCUAAUUGCCUUCUGCAUUCUUGCAGUGUCCUGCUCAAGUUCCCCGAUUGUGAACGUCUCAAUAAACUGGU